AUAAUGGCAGAAGUGGCUCCAGCUCCCGCCGCCGCCCCGGCUAAAGCCGCCAAGAAGAAGUCCGCAGCAAAGCCCAAGAAGACUGGCCCCAGCGUCAGCGAGCUCAUCGUUAAAGCUGUGUCCGCCUCCAAGGAGCGCAGCGGAGUGUCUCUGGCCGCCCUCAAGAAGGCUCUGGCUGCCGGAGGCUACGAUGUAGAGAAGAACAAUGCCCGCGUUAAGACCGCCGUCAAGAGCCUGGUAGCCAAAGAGACUCUGGUCCAGACCAAGGGGACCGGGGCCUCCGGCUCCUUCAAGAUCAACAAGAAGGCUGAGCCAAAGCCCGCAAAGAAAGCCGCUCCUAAAGCCAAGAAGCCCGCCGCCAAGAAACCUGCAGUGGCUAAGAAGCCCAAGACCGCAGCCAAGAAGACAGCAGCUGCUAAGAAAUCCCCCAAGAAGGUCAAGAAGCCCGCAGCGGCCAAGAAAGCAGCCAAGAGCCCCAAGAAGCCCGCAGCCAAGAGCCCGAAGAAGGCCGCAAAGAGCCCCAAGAAAGUCGUCAAAAAGGCUCCAGCAGCCAAGAAGUCCCCCGCUAAGAAGGUGGCCAAGCCCAAAGCCAAGAAGGCAGCACCCAAGAAGAAGUGAGCUGACAUCACUCU